UGCAGCUCCAUUAUACCUCCAUAAAACAGUAAACAUGAUCGUCCUCCUAACCUCCCUCCUAACCUUCGUCCUCGCAACACUCUACUUCACCCACCGCUCCCUCCGCUCAACCCUCCACGCCCACCAUGAACGCCUUCUCCCUCCCUCAACCCCAACUCGCAUAACAUCCCUCCCAGCAGACCUGACUGCGCACCCCGAGAACUACAGCAUUUUCUACGACCAAGCCUCACGACCGGUACCUAGGAGACUCCUCCCGGACAUCCCGCUCCCGGAAUUACUAACCGCCCUUCUCCGGCGGAACAUGGCAGCGUUCUCGCAUUUCCCACAGGCGUGGCUGUUACGGUUGAAUUGUCCCACGGAGAGGGGUAGUUUCUGCAGUAGUUAUCUCCAGAAACUAGAAUUCGCGCAGGGGGAGUGCGUUUGUGGUAUUUACCGGGUUGCCGCACGGAAGGAGGAUCGUGUUGAAUUGGAGAUGAGUCGUGGGAAUGCGGUGGGGCGGUUGGUUAUUGGGUAUGUUGUUGAUAAGAGGCGGGAGACGGUGACGUUUUUGAAUGAGACGGUUAUGUGGUGUAGCAAGGAUGAGGGGACGGGGAAGCUUCCGUUGGAGAAUCGGGUGGUGCGGUUCUUUCAUGAGAUGACGGCUUGGUGGUUGAUGGAUUCGGGGGUUUGUUAUCUUAUGGAUAUGGAUGGAAGUGAGGGGGAUGAAAGGGUUGCUUUUGGAAAGAAUGGCGAGUGAUUUUUUGUCCUUGGGGGUUCAUUGUUCACACACGGGAUGUACCGUGAUUGCUUUGAUGCCGCUGGGAGUGACAAGGUCACGAAUGAGACAAGGAUGGAUUGAUUAUACAAGGAGUAUUCCGCUUAUUUUCUUUGUCGGUACAAGAACAUUGUCUCUUUCAGUUCUGCUAGUGCGGUUCUUUCAUCUUCAGAUAGAUCAUGUCUCACCAUGUCUGAACGUAGAGUAUAUAUAAAGUCGCUUCCAGCA